CCUUCCGUAUAAUGCUUGCCUAUCUGCCAGCCAGCACAUUUCAUUUCUGCCUGCGAUCCCUAAUUCCGAUUUCCCCCCCGAUUUUAUCGCCACCGCACCAUGGCCACCGCCGGCGGCACACUCAAGAAGAAGCAGCGCGUCGGCAGCAGUGGCCGCCUGUCGUCCCUUCUCGAUUCCGCCUCUUUCCCUGACGCAACCCUACCGGAUGGCGCACACAAACCGCCCAGCCUCCGCCGCUCCUCCUCCCGUACGAUCCUCCUCCCCGUUGUAUCCUCCUGCCCCGGAGGAUUCAACGAUUCGGCCACCGGCGAUGUCGUUCUUCGCCUCUUCCUCGAUCAAUGGUGCGAAAUGUCCGACUCGCCGACUUCGCCGCAGGAUCAGUCCGAAAUGCAGGUAUAUCUUCAUUCGCAUGCUCUCCGUCGCUCAAAUUACUUUACAGCGCUCCUAUCCGAUCGAUGGCAACAGCAAGAGCAGCAGCAGCAGAGCGAGUCGUCUUCAAGUAAUCCUGAAAAUGCUCCCAAGAUUUACCGUUUUGAGCUUAGUGUUCCUUCCGAUAAUGAUUCGAUAAACAACUAUUUAAAGGUUCUGCAACUUCUGUACUCAGACGAUUUGAUGUCUUCGAUUGAUUCCGUAUCUACUGCUCUUGCUUUACUUCCAAUCGCGCUCGAAUUUCUAUUCGAGGAUUGCGUCAAGGUUUGUCUUAGAUUCCUGGAGGCAGUUCCUUGGACGGAUGAAGAAGAAAACAAGGUACUAAAUCUGAUUCCAUUUUUGAGGAAGGAAGAGUCAAAAGAGCUCCUCACUAGGGUUUCGCCACUAAAAAACGAUUCAUCUGAUGAAAUGCUUCACGGUCUAAUCCAAUCCGCAAUUCACAACCAUCCAAACAUGGCUUUUGCAAAGGCAUUUGUGGCAAAGCUGCUGAGGGAUUUUUCUUCGAGGGAUUCAGCUAGGAGGGUUUUGGAAAAGGUGUUUGAGAAGAGUUUAAGGGUUGUGAGGCAGGCAUUGGAGGAGUACACGAGUCCGGUUUUCAGGGUCGAUCAGAAUGAGACCGAGGCCCUGCAGAGGUUGAAUCUGCACACAGCGAUGACUAAUUUGAAGCACUUACUGUGGUUGGUGGAGAGGAUGAUUGAGCUAAAAGUUGCUGAUACAGCUGUCCAGGCCUGGAGUGAGCAGGCUUCGCUUGCCGCAGAUUUUCAGAGAGCGCUUCGGGAUGAUGCAUGGAGAAAUAUCGUUCCAAGUCUUCCUACUGUUGUGCUUCGCUGCACGAGCAGGCUUGCAAAUGCCGUUGCUACAGGGAAUGUGGUAGCUAGUAGACAGGUCAGAACGAAGCUCGUAAGAGAUUGGCUUCCAAUGUUGAUUAUAUGCAAAGAGCGCGGCUCCCUCAUGGGCCCAGCCCACAAGUUGUCAUCGUCGCCCUACAUUGAGCUGGAAGAGACCUUCCUGAGAAUCAUAUCGACACUUCCUUUGUCUGAAUCCCAGGGCUUAUUGCAGCAGUGUCUCUCCUUAUCAACCCGCAACGUCGACGACUGCCCUCACUUGGUCGCCGCCUUCACCACAUGGUUUCGCCGCGCAAACCGCCCCCCACAGCCCGACUCUCUUCAGUAACCA